AUGUCAUCAGCCAGAACAAUUGCUAAAAUAGUCACUGCUAGACAACAACCAGAAGGUGUUGGUGCAACAGUUAGAAGAUCAAUUGGUAUUAUAAAUCAAAGAAAAUUUAAUCCAUUUUUAAUGUUUGAUCAUUUUACUUCAUCAGGUCAAGAUGGUUUUCCAGAACAUCCACAUAGAGGUCAAGAAACAAUUACAUUAGUUAUGAAUGGUGCUAUGGCUCAUGAAGAUUUUACUGGUUCAAAAGGUAUUUUAUAUCCUGGUGAUUUACAAUUUAUGACUGCUGGUAAAGGUGUUGUUCAUUCAGAAAUGCCAGUUCCAAGUAAAGAUGGAUCUCCAGCUGUUGGUUUACAAUUAUGGGUUGAUUUACCAGAUUCAUUAAAAGAUUCAAAACCAAGAUAUAGAGAUUUAAGAGAAUGGGAAAUUCCUCAAGUUGAAGCUGAUAAUGGUAAAGUUAUUGUUAAAGUUAUUUCAGGUAAAUCUCAUGGUGUUGAAUCUGUAAAAGAUUUAGCUUAUACUCCAAUAAAUUAUUAUUAUUAUAAAGUUAAACCAACUGGUGAAUUUAAACAAGAUUUGCAAAAAGGUUUCAAUUAUUUCCUUUAUGUUUUAAGUGGUAAACAUUUAAUUUUAAAUAAUGAUACUAAAAUUGAUCAAUAUCAAAAUGUAUUUUUCGAUGAACAAGGUGAUUAUAUAACAGGUAAAAAUUCAGCAAAAGAAGAUUCAGAUGAAUUAUUAGAAUUUAUUCUAGUUGGUGGUAAAAAAUUAGAUCAAGAAGUUGUUCAAUAUGGUCCAUUUGUUGCUACAUGUAAAGAAAAUAUUCAAAAAGCAAUUUUAGAUUAUCAAUAUGCUCAAAAUGGUUUUGAAAAUGUAAGAACUUGGAGAACUUUAAUUUCAAAUGGUGUUACUCCUGAUAUGAUUGAUAAAUUGGGUGGUAAUUUAGAAGAAAGAGAAGCUAAAAGAAAAGCAUAUUAUGACCAAAAGGCAAAAUUAGAAGCUGAAAACGGUGGUAAACCUUUGGAACCAGUAAAGGAUGAACUUUAA